AUGGAGGCAGCUGGGUUUGGCCAAGACCGGACCAGGAGAGGCUGGAUCCUGGGGCAUCUCUGCUCCCUCCUGGCCACGGCACUGCUGGCUUUGAGCCUAGUGCAGGCCCCUAGUUCUACAUUCACUCCUGAGCCACCCCUUUCAGAUCAAUGGGGGUUGUUAACUCUGAAACCUACAGAUGGUGCCCAGGGCAGUCAGAAUCAAGCAGGCUGUGGCAAGCAGUUGGUCUCAGGGCGCAUCUUGAAUGGCCAAAAUGCCAAGGACGGGGCCUGGCCCUGGCAGGUCAGCGUGCAGAUGUUUGGCUCCCACAUCUGCGGCGGUACACUCAUCUCUGAGAGAUGGGUGGUGUCAGCAGCUCAGUGCUUCACGCCGCCUGUGAUCAGUUCAGUGUAUCGGGUGCAGCUGGGUGAAAAACGCAUUUUCAAUCAGACCCACAACCAGACAUUCUCAGCGGUGAAGCGGGUCAUCCUCCAUCCCAGUUAUGACAGUGCUACUCACCAGGCGGACAUCGCCCUGGUGGAGCUGGAGAAUCCGAUUUCGCUCACAGCCACCAUCAGCCCCGUGUGUCUGCUUGAUGCCUCCGUCCGUGUGCCAGCUGGGAAGUCCUGUUGGGUGACUGGCUGGGGAAACCGUUUACCACAAGUGAGUUCUUCCCUAUCGGCAACGCUGCAGGAGGUCGAGGUGCUCGCCGUAGACUCCACGGUCUGCAACAGUCGCUUCCGUGAAGCAUUAAAAAAGCCUGUGGGUUACAGCCCCGUCAAAGACGACAUGUUGUGUGCUGGGUACAUGGAAGGCUAUAAAGGCUUUGCUCCGGGUGAUGGCGGGGGACCCCUGGUGUGUCAGGAGAAUGGGACCUGGUACCUUGGUGGGAUUGUGAGCUGGUUACUGACGACGACAGUGAGUGGGGUAACCAGUGUUGCCAAAGGUUACCCUGGGGUCUACAACCGCCCAAAUGCCCACAAUGAGUGGAUACAAAAGAAUGUGCCUGGUGUGACUUUCACGGUGGUGAAAUUCUCUCCAAACAGUGCCCAUUCCUCUGUCGUCAUCAUCCACAGGGUCCUUCCCCUCACUGUGCUUCUGUGGCUGACCCUGUGACCCCUCUUAGAUUGGGUCCCCAUCCCACACUAGCACUCCCUCGCCCUUUGUGCACAUAGACCAUUUCAUCUGUGACACUAGGCCUGGGUAUUCACACCCUACACACUAUUGUGAUAAUCUUUGUGCAAAAUACCCCUUAUGAGAUAUCAUUUGAGAACUAAUAACUAUGUAAUCAUAUCCUUGUGUGAAGUACGUAUGCGAUGGGUGCUAAGAAUUAUGGACAUAUGCUGGAUGGUACCUAAAGUAUGUUCAUACCAGGUGUAUUAGGGGGAGUUGUUAAACAGAUUGUUCCUAAGGGAAGGACUGUGUGUUUACCUCAGUUUACCCAGAAGCAGCACACAGACCUGUCAAACUAACAAGGGUGGAGGCAAAGCUCACACUGACAAGUGGGGAGAAGACAGCCUGGUGUUUAUACCCAGCAGGAGAGAGAUGCUCCGUCUGAG